AUUUGUUCGUAUCUGUCAUUUGAUUACAGCCUGGUAACACUAUUCGAAAAUGAUACAACACUGGACGUGCAUCGUGAAUCUAUUCUCAACAUUUUGAGCAGUUUAUUGAAGUCGACUGACAAUCAUGAGCAUGAUGAUACCACUGAACGAAUAUUUCAUUUGUGUUUCAACUGUGAGUGCUUCUUCUUCAGAGUUCUGUCGUUACCGAUUGAUGUGCAUUCGUUAACUAGCCUCGUAACGCGAAAGAAUUGUGUGAAUGAUGAAAAACUUGGUGUGUGUGCAUUACGAGCGAUUAGCUCGUUGCUACGUUGUCCACUUCCAGCAUUCGUGGUGAAUGCUUUAUGUAAUAGCGAUCAAUCUGAUGGUAUGCUGUCGUUAUUACUCAAACAGUCAUCUGCCACCAAGAAACAUUUUGUCAUCAAAAUACUUUCCUUCUUGAUGCAGGAAGGAAGGAUCAUCGAUAAAUUAUCAGCACUUGGCGUUUCUGAAGUUAUCUAUUCGCAUUUAUUUUCAGAAGACUUGCAGGCAUUUAAAACGAAUGGAGUAAUGAGAGAAGAAAUUUUACGAAGUUGUUUCGUAAGUUUGAUUCGGUGUUGUGGUUGUAAAGAGGAUGAAGAGAAACGAGCCGAAGCAGUUGAUCUGCUCUCAUUAGCACUUAGUCUUAGAGAAAGAGUAUCACAAGCUGACGACUCUAGAUAUCUGAACGAAAUGUUCACUUGUGUUCUACCAACUACCAGCACUUCACCUCGAAAUUGUUCAGUUGAUGUGGCACUGCAGACAAAUGCCUUACGCGUGAUAUCUCAACUUCUACUCAAUAGUGAAACGUCUCGAAUUAGUGUUCAGUCGUCACAUAUCAACAAUACUGCAUCACGUAUAUCGAGGAGCAAUCCUCCCCAGCAAGUUAAAUCACUAUUGCGUACUUUACAUGCGCUUAGUCGAUCGGUACAUCAUUUGAAAACAACGUUUGAUAAUAAACAUUUCGUUGAGUUCGUUGUUGAUUGCCUUCUAAAUGAAAGUGAUUCGGAAUUUUUAACACUCGCAACUUCUCUUAUUGAUACGAAUUCAGCAAAUUUGUCAUUGCAUUAUUGCUCAGCUCGUUCAUUUCUCUUUGAUGCGAUAGCACCUUUAUCAGCGUUAGCGCAACGAAACAAAACCCCAUCAAUCACACUCAAUGCCAUUUGGGCUCUUAUGAAUUUGAGUUGUCAAUCCACUGCAAGCGUGAGGUUGAGCAUUUUGGGUCAUUUUGCGAGUGCAGAAGCAUUGAGUCUUCUUUCGGAUGCUGAUGAGUAUUUGUUCGCAAAAGUGCUAUCUCUCUAUCGUAAUCUCUAUUGUCAAGAUCCUUUCACAACCGAAUCGUCAGAUGUGUUAAACUCACUCAAUGAGCAGUCAUUUAAGAAUGCACCAAGUGUUAUUGAAAUGAUCAAGCGUUCAUUUGAGUCGCAUUUCUCAGUUCAUACCAAGGAGAUAGCGUUAAAUCUGUUAGCGAAUCUUUGUGCUAUUCCAAGUUGUCAAAUGGCGGUCGCAAACGAUGAGAUACUGCUCGCUUGCAUCAUGAAUGAACUUAGGAGUGUGGAUAGUAGUGCGCAUAUUGGCGCUGUAUUAGCGAUUUGUAAUCUUCUCUCUGGCGACGAUCGAUCAAGACGAGAUCUACAAGCGUUAUUGACCAACUCUGCUUUGCCGCAUCUUCUGUCUCAUAUUCAUCGCACCAGUGCUGCACACAACAUUCAUCUCAUUCGACGGUAUGCUACCUAA